AUGACUGACCAGGUCAAAGCCCUAGUCAUCGAUAACGGAGGCAAGGCCGGCUUCGCCGAUGGUGACUCUCCCCGAGCCGUCUUCCCUUCCAUCGUCGGUCGACCUCGCCAACAGAGUAUCAUGGUCGGCAUGGGCAACAAGGACAGCUACGUCGGCGCUGAGGCACAAUCAAAAAGAGGCAUCCUUUCACUCAAGUACCCUAUCGAGCAGCACCCAGUUCCACUGACAGAGGCUCCACUGAAUCCUAAAGCCAACCGCGAGAAGAUGACCUCCAUCAUGUUUGAGACCUUCAACUGCCCGGCUAUGUACGUCGCCAUUCAGGCCGUCCUCUCCCUAUAUGUCUCUGGUCGUACCCCUGGCAUCGUCCUAGACUCGGGUGAUGGUGUCAGCCAUUUCGUUCCCAUCUCCAAUGGUUAUGCCCUGCCCAAUGCCAUUCUCUCUCUUGAACUGGCUGGUCUUUGGAUGGGCGGCUCAAUCCUGGCAUUCAUGUCCUCCUUCCACCAGAUGUGGAUCACUAAGCAGGAAUACGACGAAUCCGGCCCACAAAUCGUUCAUCGCAAAUGUUUCAAUUAUUGA